AUGACCCCAAUCCGCAUCACAGUCCUCAUCUCCGGCAACGGCUCGAACCUACAAGCAGUAAUCGAUAAAAUAGCCAGCGGCCACCUCAAUGCCACUAUCGUCCGCGUCAUCUCCAACCGCAAAACCGCAUUCGGUCUGGAGCGCGCAACCAAAGCCAACAUCCCUACUCAAUACCACAAUCUCGUCAAGUACAAGAAGCAACACCCCGCAACAACAGAGGGCAUUCAAGCCGCGCGCGAAGAAUACGAUGCCGAGCUGGCACGACUGAUCCUGGCCGAUGCGCCGGAAUUGGUCGUUUGUCUGGGCUUUAUGCAUAUUCUCUCCCCGCAGUUCUUGGAGCCCCUUGAGGCGGCGAAGACUAGGAUUAUCAAUUUGCACCCUGCGCUUCCGGGGGCUUUUAAUGGUGUUAAUGCGAUUGAUCGCGCCCAUGCUGCGUGGUUGGAGGGCCAGAUUGAUAAGACUGGUGUUAUGAUGCACGAUGUCAUUUCUGAGGUGGAUAUGGGGAAACCUAUUCUGGUUAGGGAGAUUCCUUUUGAGAAGGGUCGGGAUGAGGAUCUGGAGGCUUUCGAGACUCGUGUUCAUGAGACGGAGUGGGGGGUUGUUAUUGAGGGUGUGGAUCUGGUGUUGAAGGAAUUGGAAGCUCAGAAGUGA